AAUGGCCAACAAUACAAACUCUACAAAUACCGAAUCAGUUGAACUUGAUAAUGUUACCAAUGGCGGAAAUGGAAAAUAUUUUAUGACAGGAACAAUAAGAAGAGGAAAAGAGGCUGGUUUAGUCGAAGUUCAAAUUGAGCUAUCAGAAAAGGACAUAACUAGAAUUCAGGAUAAUUUAAAUAGUGAUAAAAGAGAUAAUAUUAAAGGAUUUCAAUGCCAACGAAGUUAUGGCAUACAUAUUCUUAUAUUAACAUUGCUAUUUACACCGUUUGCCUUCAUUAUUGGAAUUUGUACAAACUUUUACUACGGUACAAUAUGUUGGUAUAACAUAUAUUUAAUCUAUAAUGAGAACGAAUCGAUAUGGAAGAAAUUAUUAUUUUGCCCAGUCCUUGUUAUAUUCUAUCCGCUAAUAAUAACCUGUCAUUGUUUAGUUAUUGGUUUCUACUAUACAAUUAAACAGGUAAAAUUGAAUAGCGAAGACUGGAAUACUGAAAUGAAAGAUAUCGAUAAAGGUUCUUUACCAUUUUACUGUGACUUAUUAGGAUAUCCCGAAUGUAGUCCCUACGACCUCAUUACCCUAGCAGAAGGAUCUAGUUCACCUGAACCAGAUUUUAGAUCAUCAAUAAGUACCAACGAAUAA